ACACAAUUAUAUUAAUUAAUUUAAACGCUGCAAAAUGUCAGCUCAUGAUAUAAAGUUGGAAGUAUGUGUAGAUUCAAUAAAAUCAGCAUUUGCGGCUGAAGAAGGCGGCGCGGCUCGCAUUGAACUUUGUGCUGCCCUACAAGAGGGUGGCCUAACACCCACCAUUGGAACUUUGAAGACUCUCAAGGAAUUACCGUUUACUUUGCCAAUACAUUGCAUGCUGCGCCCGCGACGUGGCACCGAUUUUGUCUACAGCGAGGAAGAGCUACGAGCGGUACUAACCGACAUGGAAUUACUGCGUUCCCAUGGCGCUGAUGGAUUUGUCUUUGGCGCGCUUACUCCAGAGAGAACAAUCGAUGUGGACAAGUGUCGACGUGUAAUGGAGCAGUCGUAUGGUCUGCCUGUAACCUUUCAUCGGGCCUUCGAUCUCACCGACAACAAAUAUAUGCACGAGAAUGUCGAAUUGCUAAAGGAACUGGGCUUCAAACGUGUGCUUAGCAGUGGCUUUCGUGCAUCUGCUGCCGAAGGCGUUGAAGCCUUAGCACAGUUAAUAGCAAAGCAUCAUCGUGACAUGAUUAUAAUGCCAGGGGCCGGCAUUAAGGUGUCCAAUCUGGAAGAGAUUCUAACAUUCAGUCGUUGCUUAGAAUUUCAUGCGUCUGCCCUAGACACAGCCAGCGAAGAUUACAGCGCACCGACAACUACGCGCAUGGAAUGCGAUGUAACCAUGGGGAAACAGGACAUCGAUCCGUACUAUGGCACGAACGCAUACGUAGUGCGCAAAAUGGUGGUAAUUGCCAAUGCUAUGAGCUGCAGAUAGAAGACUAUUACAUUUAAGUUAAAUUAGUUUAUGCUAAUUAUCUUUAGAAUGUACAUACAGAUAUGUCCAAUAGUUUAUUAAAUAAUCAUAAGUUGCAAC